CAAGAACAGAGUCGGUGGCUUCUUCCGGAAGGAGGCCGGAAGUUGGUUUCGGCUGCAGAGGCGAAGGCGGCUACCAGUGUAAAGCCAGAACUGAGGUUCUUGAUGCAAUGGGUGAACCACAGCAAGUGAGUGCACUCCCACCACCUCCAAUGCAAUAUAUUAAAGAAUAUACAGAUGAAAAUAUUCAAGAAGGCUUAGCUCCCAAGCCUCCCCCUCCAAUAAAAGACAGUUAUAUGAUGUUUGGCAAUCAGUUCCAGUGUGAUGAUCUUAUCAUCCGCCCUUUGGAAAGUCAGGGCAUCGAACGGCUUCAUCCUAUGCAGUUUGAUCACAAGAAAGAACUGAGAAAACUUAAUAUGUCUAUCCUUAUUAAUUUCUUGGACCUUUUAGAUAUAUUAAUAAGAAGUCCUGGGAGUAUAAAACGAGAAGAGAAACUAGAAGAUCUUAAGCUGCUUUUUGUACAUGUGCAUCAUCUUAUAAAUGAAUACCGACCCCACCAAGCAAGAGAGACCUUGAGAGUCAUGAUGGAGGUCCAGAAACGUCAACGGCUUGAAACAGCUGAGAGGUUUCAGAAGCACCUGGAACGAGUAAUUGAAAUGAUUCAGAAUUGCUUGGCUUCUUUGCCUGAUGAUUUGCCUCAUUCGGAAGCAGGAAUGAGAGUAAAAACUGAACCGAUGGAUGCUGAUGAUAGCAACAAUUGUACUGGACAGAAUAUACAAGAAAGAGAAAAUUCGGGUCACAGGAGAGAUCAGAUUAUAGAGAAAGAUGCUGCCUUGUGUGUCCUAAUUGAUGAAAUGAAUGAAAGACCAUGAAAGAUG